CGCACGUGACAUCAGAUAUGGCUGACAAAAACAAAGCGGGUGUUUCGAACACACGAACAGAAGGAAUCACUCUCAAUAAACAAGCAUUACAAGCAACCAAAGACGAUAAUGCAUCUGUUCCUAUUCCUGGAGGCAUUAGUGAAUCUAUGAUGAUGGACAUCGAUGACUCCAAGAGCGAGACAACAAGUCAGUCUCACGACAGCACCAACUCCAGAUCAGAAACCCCAACCAGUAUGGUUACUACAGGCUCAGAUCAGGCCCUCGUAGCCAAGAGAUGGGCAAGGGGUAGAUGGAAGUCAAAGAAAUGCAAGUGGCAGUUCAAGUAUAGUUGUCACGUUAAGGAGGACCAUGGACAGCCAAUAUUUGGAGUAAUCUUUAAUCCGUAUCGGAAGGAAAAUGACCCAAAUGUCUUCUGUUCAGUCGGUAGUAAUCGUGUAUCGAUCUAUGAGCUUCAUGAUGACGGAAAAAUAAAACUGCUGCAGAGCUAUGUUGAUACAGACUCUGAUGAAAACUUCUACACUUGUGCAUGGACGUAUGAAGAAAGAACGGGUCUCCUUCUCUUAGCUGUGGCAGGCUCCAGAGGCGUCAUCAGAAUCAUCAGCCCUAUAACUCUACAGUGUAUCAAGCAUUUCAUCGCCCAUGGCAACGCAGUAAAUGAAUUGAAGACACACCCGCAUGAUUCUAACCUACUUCUCUCAGUCAGCAAAGAUCAUUCGGUCAGAUUGUGGAAUCUGAAGACAGACACAUUGGUAGCCAUCUUUGGUGGGGUCGAAGGUCAUCGAGAUGAAGUACUAUCAGGGGACUUUGACAUCGAUGGUCUGAGGAUAGCAUCGUGCGGUAUGGACCAUUCACUCAAAAUAUGGAAUCUACAGAAGGCCAAUAUUCAACAAGCAAUUCAGGAGUCACACGCAUACACCGCAUCUAAGACAAAUAAGCCAUUCAAGUCUCUGUAUGUAAACACACCUGACUUCACAACCCGUGACAUCCAUAGGAACUAUGUUGAUUGUGUGCGCUGGCUGGGUGACUUUGUGCUUUCCAAGUCUUGUGAGAAUUGCAUCGUUUGUUGGAAACCUGGCGGUAUCCAUGACCCGGUAGAGAUCAUCAAGCCUUCCAUGUCAGAGGUCACCGUCUUGACCAGGUUCAACUACACCCAAUGUGACAUCUGGUUUAUGAGAUUUAGCAUGGAUUACAGGCAAAAGAUCCUUGCCCUCGGCAAUCAGGUGGGCAAGAUAUUUGUGUGGGAUUUAGAGAUGGACGAUUGCAUCAAACCAAAAUGUGCCACAUUUACCCACCCCAAGUGUAUCUCAGCUAUCCGUCAAACGGCCCUCAAUCCUAGUGGUAAUAUUCUCCUUGCUGCGUGUGAUGAUGGCACUAUCUGGAGAUGGGAUCGCACCAAAUAAAUUAUCAACACCUGUAGAACUCUGAUCAUACCUAGUCUGUCUCAGCAAUCUGUCAAACAGCCCUCAAUCCUAGUGGUAAUAUUCUUCUUGCGGCUUGUGAUGAUGGCACUAUCUGGAGAUGGGAUCGCACCAAAUAAAUUAUCAAAAUCUGUAGAACUCUGAUCAUACCGAGUCUGUCUCAGCAAUCCGCCAAACAGCCCUCAAUCCUAGUGGUAAUAUUCUUCUUGCGGCUUGUGAUGAUGGCACUAUCUGGAGAUGGGAUAGCACCAAAUAAAUUAUCAAAAUCUGUAGAACUCUGAUCAUACCAAGUCUGUCUCAGCAAUCCGUCAAACAGCCCUCAAUCCUAGUGGUAAUAUUCUUCUUGCGGCUUGUGAUGAUGGCACUAUCUGGAGAUGGGAUCGCA